AUGGAUACAAAAAUUAUAUCAUCACAAAUAAUUGUAAGACCACAACAACGGAUUCCAAUAAAAGUGGUCACAGCCUGCGCACAAAAUUUCAAAAGAAUUCCAGAACAAAAAUAUGAACGUCCUCUUAUGGUGAAUGCCUGGUCUCAGACAACUGGCGAUGAUUUCAACUUCCUACACGAACUUGAACAAAAGCAAAAAUCAUCAAAACGCGAAGAAGAGUUAUUGGAAAAAAUUCGUAUACUCGAGGAGAAUCUUAAAGCCCAUACAGAAUUACUAUCGCAAAUACAUGAAACCUCAGCUCGAACAUCUGCAUUGCUUGGAGGACAAUCAAAUCAACAAAUAAUGAAACCUAUACAAAUACAAAGUAUUGAAUCACUUCAAAACACCAAAUCACCUUUAUAUUCGAUCCCAAAAGUGGAACGUGCUGCUGAAUCCGUUGCAUCGAACCGUAAUUCAAUGCAAAACAGUACAUCGAUAUCACCGAAAAGUGUUAGCUAUACCAUUAUAGCUGAGGGUUCGGGUGAUGGUAACCACGAACCCAUCGAAAUACAAUUGGCCGAAGAUGAUGGUGCUUUAAAUCUAAACAGUUCAGCAGAUUCUGGCCGUUUGGAAAUAUGUCUUGCCUCGGAUGAUGUGGAUAUGAAAACUGAUGCAACACAUAACAACAACAACUCGCAUAUAUCCCGUACCGAUUCAAUGGCAUCACUCAAUAGUAGUACUGAACAUAACGGCAACAGAAAGCGAAAGUUUGACGCCUAUGAAUCGGGAAAAGAGAAUCAAAGUACAAACUAUUAUUUCAAUGAACAAGGUGUUCUAACUCAUUCCAAUAAAAAACACAGUAUCAGUGAACAAACACCCCAGAAAAGUCUACUAAAACCAAUAAAAUCCGAAAAUCUUAUGGCCUCAACAAAUGACUAUACCAAUUACAACACUCCCACACAGAAUAACAUAUCUUUGGACAAUAAAAUCAAUAAAGAUUAUGUUAUGGUUUCGAUUGGACCAAAUAAUACUAAAAUACCAGCUAAGGUUUAUGAGAGUAUGAACUGGAGUUCGGCAUCAAUUGCAACGCGAAAACUCUUGAUGUCGAUAUUCAAUCGUGAAACAUUGGCAACACAUUCUAUGACAGGUAAACCAUCACCGGCCUUUAAGGGACAUGGAAAGCCUCUUAAACAAAUGUUGGACCCCUUGGCAAUACAGGAUAUCAUUUUUGCGGUUUCGCGGAAAUGUAAUGUAUCCGAAAAGGAAGUACGCAAUGCCAUUACGACCAAAUGUGCCGAUGAGAAUAAAAUGAUGAAACUUCAAAUGAACAAACGAACACCAAUGCGUGAAAUGAACAAAGAAAAUAUCGAAUAUAAGUAGUUAUAAG